UUAAGGGGGUUGCUUUUGCAAGAACUUUUAAUAAGCAUGCCUGGGCUGUUUGGACAUGUUGUCAGGGCGAGGCAUGUGAAAGAGCUUCAGGUAUACUGAACAGGUACUUGAAGUGAUAGCACUCAUGAACCGGUGAGGUAAGAAAGACUUGGAGUUUGAGUCUCUGAGAAGCUAUAUUCCCCGUGAACUGAAAACUAUGGCUGAAAAGGAGUGAAGGAGAGGAGUAAAGGAGUUGAUUAGUAUGAAUAAAUCCCACAUCAAUGGACAACCAACGAUGACCGACGCAACACAUCUUGCAUACCUAUCAGAAGAACUGAUUUUUCUGAAACAUCUUUUGGGAAAAUGUUUAGACUGGAUGGGUACUGUUGCUCUGGCUAUAUUUUGUAUUCCUCUCUUCAUAAUAUUUCUUCUCUACGUUUCUGCUUUAUUCUUCCUAAUAUAUCAGAAGACUCAUAACCUGAAAGAAGAUUAUUACAGUAAUAUAUGGGAUGAUGCACGAUUGAUUUUAUCAACCAUGUGGGAUAAAUUUGCAAGAUUUUGGAAUGGUUAUGAACUACAUGGAACAGAAAACCUACCAGAUGGACCAGCUAUACUUAUUUAUUAUCAUGGUGCAAUACCUGUGGACUACCUGUACUUUUUAACCAGAUACUUUCUUUUAAAACGUCGGUGUUGCUACUCAAUAGCAGAUGACUAUCUUUUCAAAUUUCCAGGCAUUAAAUCUUUAGCAAGCGUGAUGCGCAUUUUGCCUUGCUCAAAGGAAGAAUGUUUAAAUAUUCUAAAAAAUGGCCAUCUACUGGGAAUUUCUCCAGGAGGAGUUCGAGAAGCACUCUUUAGUGAUGAAUCUUACAAACUUGUAUGGCAUAAACGUAAAGGUUUUGCUCAUCUGGCUUUAGAUGCUAAAGUGCCCAUCAUUCCAAUGUAUACACAAAAUGUACGGGAAGGAUAUAGGGUCUUUGGGCGAACAACAUUAGCAAGGUGGGUAUAUGAACAUAGUCGACUGCCUAUCCUUCCUCCAUAUGGUGGAUUACCAGUCAAAUUUCGUACAUAUAUUGGAGAACCCAUUCCAUAUGAUCCAAAUAAUACUGCUGCAGAAUUAGCUGCUAAGACAAAGGCUGCACUUCAGUCAUUAAUUCGAAAGCACCAACAAAUUCCUGGGAACAUGUUUAAAGCACUUAUGGACAGAUUUCACAAUGAAAAAGAAAAGGACUGAAUUGGAUUUUUACUACCAUUAUGUAUUGUUUUAUUUUUAAUUCCAGGAAAAGAUAGAGAUGCUUAGGAAAAAUUCUACCUCAAGUGUCAAAGCACUUUGACCAGCAUGGGAUAUUCAUCAUAUGCCUGGAAGUGGGGACUGGCAUUGGCUGCUCUGAUUUAGGCUGAAAAAACAUUUGUCCUAUUACAUUACAUUAAAUUAUAUUGUAAAUUAUGAAAAGUUUCUCUUGGUCAAGAGAUAUGUUGAUAGGCAAAAUAUUCCUACAAAGUGUUUUCAAAAAAUUAUUUUUAAAAUACAUGAUUGGGUAGUAUUUUCAUUAGAAUUCACUAAAUUCAUAUUCUAGUUCUGCAAACCUCCCAAAGUCUAAUGUGCAUGAAAAUGAUAGGCUGGAAGCAUUGAACUGGGAAUUCAAUUUAACAAACUCAUGUUUUGAAGGGGGUAGUUGUGUUAAUAUUGCACGCUAUCCACCAAAUAUUCAAAGUAAGCACAUUAGGUGUUGUUUGUUUUUACCACUAUGGCUGAGCCUUGAAAUAAUGUGGAUAGUAGAAACACAUCAGAGACAGAAAGUACAAUGUGAGAGUGUCAGACUUGGCUCAGGGAGAUCCACAUUCAAAUUUCUGCAUGGUUAUGUUAUUGAAUUGAUUUUGGUCAGUCGUGUGCAGGGUGGUGAUAGAGAAAAAUUAAGAGCGGAAAGUGGUUAUGCACAUUGCUUGUGUCAUAAGGUUGAAUACCCUUUAUCCAGAAAUCCAAAAUUGGAAAUGCUUCAAAAUUCAGAAUCAUCUACAUGGUGGACUGAGAUAGAAACAUUUGCUUUCUGAAUAUUUAAUGCACAAAUGUUGUUCCAUGCAUAAAGUUAUUAAUAAUAUUGUAUAAAGUGUUUAUGAAACAUAAUUAAUAUCAUGUUUAGACUUGGGCCCCAUCUCCAAAAUAUAUCUUUAUGUAUAUAUUUGCAAAAAAACAAAAACAAAACCCAAAUCCAAAACACUCCUGUUUCCAAGCAUUUCAGAUAAGAAAUACUCAACAUGUACAAAUAAAUGAUAUUUCAUAAUAA